UGGGAAAGGUGGAUCAUGGGUAUGGACGGUGGCCAAAAAAUCUGGGGUACAGGCUGAGAAUUUCCUACAGGCAAGGGCUGAUGCAAGCCCUCAUGGGAAAAUGUGAGGUAACCCAGUAGCAAAAAGCAACUGCGGAGUUGGGGUGAGAGCAACACGGUAGCGACAAAGCAGCAUGGCAGGGCUUCGGAUCCACUCGGUGCUGGUGACUGGGGCCAACCGGGGCAUCGGCCUGGGGCUGGUCCAGCACUUCCUGGGGAUGCCAACACCCCCCCAGUGGGUCUUUGCAGCCUGUCGGGCCCCGACGGGGCAGCGGGCGCAGGAGCUGCAGCGUUUGGCCUCCAAGCACCGCAACCUGGUCAUCAUUCCGCUCGAAGUCACCGACCCUGCCAGCAUCAAGGCAGCUGCAGCCCAAGUCGGGGAGCACUUGGGGGGCUCGGGGCUCACCCUCCUCAUCAACAACGCGGGAAUGGUGAUAUUGAAUGCACUUGAUAAUGAGACGAUGGAGGACAUGACCCGCGUUUACACCACCAACACGAUUGGGCCCCUGUUGAUGGGCCAGGUCUUCCUGCCCUUGCUGAAGGAGGCUGCCCAGGGCAGCCCUGGAUCACCCCUGAGCUGCAGCAGGGCAGCCAUCAUCAACGUGUCCAGUCACGGAGGCUCCAUCUCUUCUCCUGCUGGUUGGGAUCUAAUGCAGAUUGUCUCAUACCGCUGCAGCAAGGCUGCUCUGAACAUGCUGACCAAGUGCCAGUCCUUGAGGUACAAGGAAGAUGGUAUCCUCUGCGUUGCUCUCCACCCUGGAUGGGUGCAAACCGACAUGGGGAGCUCUGCUGGACACAUGCCCCCGGUGACAGUGGAUGAGAGCGUGCAAGGGAUGCUGAAGGUCCUCUCCUCCCUCUCUGAGAAGGACACCGGCACCUUCCUGGACUGGGAAGGGAAUGGUGUUUCCUGGUGAGACGCCAGCCCAGAUCCCGGUAGUGGGGCAGUGUGCUGCUGCUCUCACCCACCCCACAUCCUCAAUAAAUACUUGCCAAGAGCCA